AUGAAUGGAUCUGAUGAACGAGAAUGUGAUGAUACUCAUCGACAUGGACCUCCACAGACUUUGAAGAUAGCUAUUGGAAGAUAUCAUAAACAGUUACUAGUUGGUUGUGGACGAUUAUAUUGUUCCAACGAGAACUGUGCAUCAUCCGGAAAACUGCCAAAGUUAACAAGUAAUGAAGCUGCAGCCAAAGCGAUUAUCUGUUUACGAGAUAAAGCACGAUUAUGCGAACCACUUCCAGAAUUUUUGACAGUGAAAGCAACAGAUCCACAGGAAUCACUAAAUGAAGAAACAGUGAAAAAAUUGCUGGAGAAAUGUCGAGCAAACGAUGAUUGGUAUUGGAUAAGAGCUUAUCUGGAACGUUUAUUAGGUAGUCGUAUAGCGUUGCUGAGUUCAUUCCGCAGUAGCAGUUUUCAGACACAACUAGAUGGGAAUGCAGUAGAUUCUGGGAUAAUGGAUACAUCAAUUGAACAACAAUCAGUUUCACAACGGAAACGAAGAGCACAGGUCGAUGUAAGUGGUACAGAGCAGCAGUUGGAAACCAAGACAGAUACCUCUUCUAUUACUGUUAGCUGUGGAGAAAAAGAAAUGGAAGAAAAAUUAGAUCGAAAAUAUAGUCGUGGAGAAAGGACAAAUAGUGAAUUAGCAUUGGAUACAACUCAGUCUUCUCAUUCAGAUACUUCCACUGAAAUGCCACUUUCUCGUGCAUUGGCAAGUGAACUUACAAGAUCAGCAUCUGAUUCAAGUAGUAUGCAGUAUGCAAGCAGCGCAUCGCAGAAGAAUUCUAAUUAUUAUGGAUGGAUGAAUGAGGAAAAAACUACACGAUCAGUGGAAGAAAUUUCAGAAGUCAUUGCACAACUACGGGAAGGAAAAUCACCAACGGAUAUGGAUGCAGCACGGCGUUGUUUUCGUUUGCUCUUCAUCGAAACAACUGAGCACAAGAAUUAUUUAAAUGCGGCAAUGGGUGCAGUAGCUCAACUUUGUAGCAUAAUUGAUUUCCAGCUGCAAUAUGAACGAGCGUGGGAGCGUGAUCCAGCUGGUGUUGUACACAUUAUAUGUUUAAUGUUCGAAUUACCUUUCGUCCAGUGGCUUGAAUUUAUCGAAGUAGGCUUUACGCCACUAUGUAAAAUGUGUUCAAAUUUAUCAGAAGAAGGUCAAAUGGCAUUGGCAUCAGUGUGGGCUAGUUUUGGAUCCCAAUGGAUACAGGAACGUAUUAACCUUAUGCAACAGGCAAUUACUCUUCGUGUCUUAACUGUGAUUGAUGCUGUUGGAAGCUUACCAUUAUUUACUGAUCGAAUUGAACCAUUACCGGCUGCAAUUCAGGCCUUAUCUAUAUUGUACAAAGCAACUUUGAUCAGAUCCAGACGUGAUAUGAUUCUGCCUUGGAAUAUUACGACUAAUGAAACGACGAGCGCGCAUAAUGCAGCCUUCUCAGCAGUGAAUGCAGAAACUAGUAAUGGAACAAAUUUACGAGCAAACAGGCGGCGAAAUUUUUCAUCAUUUUUGGAGGCGUUUACUUAUAGCGGUAUUGAACUAGACGAAGAAGAAGAAAUCCGAUUAGCAAAAGGAGCACCGAUUGAUGCAUGGGUAGUAACGAAAACUUGUUUGCCCUUAACAGAACUGAUGAAUUCAACACUAAGUGAUAAUAUUUCAGUUCAGGAUGAUUUCGUUGCAUAUAAGUCUUUUGAGAACGGACAUGCAUUUUCGGUGAUGCCUGAAUAUUCAUUCAUAUUAACAACCGAAGUGAAACAGCGUUUUCUCUACCUAAAUAAUCGAAUUCGUCAGAGAAGUGAACGUAGACAAGCAUUGGCUGAUGCUAUAACAUUCGGUGUCUCGAUGGAACCAUAUUUGAAAUUAAAUGUUCGACGCGACAAUAUUAUACGUGAUGCUUUGGAUAGUCUUGCUGCAAUUGCAAUAGAUAAUUCAGCUAACUUCAAGAAGCAGCUUCGGAUUCAGUUUGAUGGUGAACAAGCUGUAGACGAAGGAGGUGUAUCGAAAGAGUUCUAUCAGCUAAUAACUGACGAACUGUUUUGUCCAGAUUACGGAAUGUUUAUUUUAAAUGAAAAAACGGGUUUAUAUUGGUUCAAUUCCCAGUGCAACUUUUGUGAUGAUGAAUUCGGACUAAUUGGAUUAUUAUUUGGACUAGCCAUAUACAACAACAUCCUUAUUGAUGUGCGCUUUCCGACAUUAGUCUAUGUGAAAUUACUCGCAAGACCUGCUGUUUUUGACGAACUUGCUCAAAUUGAUUCUGAAUUGUACAGUGGAUUACGACAAUUGCUUGAAUGUAAUGAUGAUGUAGAAAACAUUUACAAUUAUACAUUUCAAAUUUCAUAUAAAGAUGUUUAUGGCUGCAGUCAUGAUGAAGAGCUAAUACCAAAUGGUGCAAAUAUACCAGUAACACUUGCUAAUAAAAAGAAAUUUGUGGCUUGUUAUGCUGAUUUCUUAUUAAAUCGUUCGGUGAAACGGCAAUUUGAUGCUUUUAGUAUGGGUUUUAAUAAAGUAGUUAACCGUGGAUUGUUGAGGAGAUUAUUUAUGCCUGAUGAAGUCGAACAGUUAGUUUGUGGUGUACUUGAUUUGGAUUUCGAUAUACUAGCACAAUGUACAAAAUAUCAAAACGGUUUUACUGAAACCAGUCAAACAAUAAAGGAUUUCUGGGCAGUGGCGAAGGCAAUGAACACGGAAGAAAAGAAAAUGUUGCUUCAAUUCAUCACGGGUUCCGAUAGGGUCCCUGUAGGAGGCUUAGCAAAAUUAGAAGUUAUUAUUGCUCGAAAUGGUGAUAAUAAGGAAAGACUGCCAACAGCUCAUACCUGCUACAACGUGAUGUUAUUGCCCGAUUAUGGUGAUCUUGAGAUAACAAGAGAGCGUAUUUCCAAAGCAAUUAGCUAUAGUCGUGGAUUUGGUUUGCAGUAA